AUGUGCCUCCCUCCAUGUGACUCGGCCACCACGGCCGCCACGGCCGAGCAAGCUGCGAGGGGCGCGGCCGUCUCCCAUGCUCAUGCCUAUGCCGAUACCCGUACUCAUGCUGGUCCGCCUCAGGCCCGAUGCGGGCGCUACGGACCCGUCCGACAGCGGCGGAAGGACGGCGCAAGAGACGAAGUCGCCGAUGACGAAGCGGGCAUCGCCCAAGGUCCUCCCGACUUCAUCCCUCGCGCUCGUGUCCCCCAACUCGGACGUCUCCGCCCCGGGGCCCCCGUGGCCGAUGAUGAUGCUACCCAGGUCCUUGACCGCGUACCGGACCGGUGUGUUUGGCAGGGCGCCGCGAAGGUCCGGAUAGACAAGCUGGAAGGCCAGCCUCGUGCCAACGGCCGGAUGGAGACGUGCGGAGGGAGGGACGGCGAUGCGAACUCUUCGGGCCUGGUUCAGGGUUUGUGCAUAUCCGCCAUGGAUUUUGCCGCCCUCAUGAGCAAAGAGCUCGCCAAGGCCAAGGCGCCGGCCGCAACGGGUAAAAAGUUCCUCAAGCGCGCCGAAAUCGAGGCUGAGCGCGAGGCGACCUACGCGACCGAGCAAAAAGCUCUCGAGGCCGAGCGUGAGUCGAAAGCAGCGGCGAAGCGCAAGCGCGAGGAGGAAGCGGCGGCCGAGAACGCAACCCGCGAGGAGAGGCGCCGUAGGCUCGCCGAGGAGUCACGACGGCGCCGCGAAGAGCAGGAGGCCGAGGAGGAGCGCGCCCGGAGGAAGCGCCUCGGCCUACCGGAGCUGAAGAAGACGUCGAAAGACGACGCAGGCGGUGACGCAGACGCCGGCGGAGAAGACUUACCGGACGAGGAGCUCGUGGACCGUCUGCGUGGGCUAGGGCAGCCGGCAAUCCUCUUUGCAGAAUCUCACGCAGCGCGGCUGCGACGGUAUAGGAAGUUAACGACGAUCUUAACCAAGGGACCCAUACCGACGACGUUGAUACUUGUCGAGGAAAAAGACAUGCUGCUCGACGGCAAGGUGCCGACGGACCUGACGGGCCGCCAAUGGCUGUUCCGGCAGCUCGCAAGCUACUUCACGAUGGUCCUCACCGCGUACGAGCGGGCGAUGGAGGCGGAGAAAAAUGAGACGACGGCUAGCAAGACGGCAUACAACGCCAUGGUGCAGACGAGGGAAAACAUGAAGCCGCUCUUUCGCAAAUUCGAAAGCGGCGACCUCGACGAGACGCUGAUCGAGCCCAUCGUCGAAAUCGUCCAGGCGAUACAGCAGCGGCGCUACGUCGAUGCCAACAACGGUUACCUGCGCCUCAGCAUCGGCAAGGCGGCCUGGCCCAUUGGCGUAACCAUGGUCGGCAUUCACGAACGUAGCGCGCGGGAGAAACUGCACGACGGCGCCAAGGGUCACGUCAUGGGCGACGAGGUUACGCGGAAAUUUCUCCAGAGCAUCAAGCGCUGUCUCACGUUUGCCCAGGUUCGCUGGCCACCCGAGGACUUGAGGCAGCUGAUGGGAUGA